AUUCAAAAAUCAGUUAGUAAUAAAUAUCUAGAGACCGCUAGGCACACCGAAAUUGAAUGGUGGCAAAUCGGCGGGGAGACAUUUAUCGGUUUCACUGUAAAAGCUUCACCUUUUAUACACCGCCACGUCACACUCCCCUGGCCCCACUCCUUCACUCACUCACGUUGUAAGCGCAGCUGCAUCGUCCCCUUCCCUACUUCGAUCUCAUCCAAAGAGAGACACGAGAGAGAGACUGAGCGAGAGAGAGAGAGAGAGAGAGAGAGAGAGAGAGAGAGACGGGAGAGAACAGAGAGAGACGAGAGAGAUGUCACUAAUUAGAAGGAAGAAGGCACCGGAGAGCAAGAAUCAAGAAGCAUCGGAUGCGAACUUAACUGACGAUGAAAACAAGAAAAAGAAACAACCACUGCCAACUAAAAAAACUCAAAAGAGUUGGACUUGCUUAGACAAUUGCUGCUGGUUUAUCGGGUGUAUCUGUGUAAUUUGGUGGCUGUUGCUGUUUUCUUACAAUGCUAUGCCGGCUUCGUUUCCUCAAUUCGUCACGGAGGCUAUCACGGGGCCUUGGCCUGAUCCUCCGGGUGUCAAGAUCUCGAAAGAGGGUUUGUCGGUGAAGCAUCCUGUUGUGUUUGUGCCUGGAAUUGUUACUGGUGGGCUUGAGCUAUGGGAAGGGCAUAACUGUACUGAGGGCUUGUUUAGGAAGCGCCUUUGGGGUGGGACUUUUGGGGAAGUCUACAAAAGGCCUUUAUGCUGGGUGGAGCAUAUGUCGUUGGACAAUGAAACUGGGAUGGAUCCUGAGGGUGUGAGGGUCAGGCCGGUCACUGGACUGGUGGCUGCAGAUUACUUUGCUGCUGGAUAUUUUGUUUGGGCUGUUUUGAUAGCUAAUUUGGCUAGAAUUGGGUAUGAGGAGAAGAAUAUGUACAUGGCUUCAUAUGAUUGGAGGCUUUCUUUUCAAAAUACGGAGGCGAGGGACCAGACUCUUAGCAGGAUAAAAAGUAAUAUUGAACUGAUGGUUGCUACAAGUGGGGGCAAGAAAGCAGUUAUCAUCCCUCAUUCAAUGGGAGUUCUGUACUUCUUGCAUUUCAUGAAAUGGGUUGAGGCACCGGCUCCAAUGGGUGGUGGUGGCGGAUCAGAUUGGUGUGCUAAGCAUAUAAAGGCUGUAAUGAAUAUUGGUGGUCCAUUUUUAGGUGUUCCGAAAUCUGUCCCUGGGCUUUUGUCUGCUGAAGUUAGGGACAUUGCCGUCCUCAGAGCUGUUGCUCCGGGUGUCCUGGAAAAGGAUUUAUUUCGUUUUCAAAUGAUGUUGCAACAUGUGAUGAAGAUGACUCGCACUUGGGAUUCUACAAUGUCAAUGUUACCAAAAGGUGGGGACACCAUAUGGGGUGGUCUUGACUGGUCUCCUGAGGAAGAUUAUUGUCAUGGCAGAAGAGAUCAUAAUCACAAUGAUACUAAUACUCCAGACCAACAUAAGACUAAGAAUCAUGUUUCUCCAGACAAGAACACUAAUUAUGGAAGAAUUAUAUCCUUUGGGCAAAAAGCGGCAUAUGCUGCUGCUUCGGAGCUUAAGAGAAUCGACUUCAGGGAUGCCGUCAAGGGUAAGACUGUUGCAAAUAGUAGCUGUCAGGAAGUGUGGACAGAAUAUCAUGAAAUGGGUUAUGGUGGUAUUGAUGCUGCUGUAGAAUACCAAGUUUAUACAGCUGAUGAAGUUGUGGAACUGCUUGAGUUCGUUGCUCCAAAGAUGAUGGCACGUGGCAGUGCUCACUUUUCAUAUGGGAUAGCUGAGAAUUUAGAUGAUCCAAAAUAUGAUCAUUACAAAUAUUGGUCCAACCCAUUGGAGACGAAGUUACCAAAUGCUCCUGAUAUGGAAAUAUACACAUUAUAUGGAGUUGGCAUCCCCACUGAAAGAGCAUACGUCUACAGGCUCUCAAAUUCAGCAGAAUGCUCUAUCCCGUUUCAAAUUGAUACCUCAGCUGAUCAUGCAAAAGACUGUUUGAACGAUGGUGUCUUUACCGUUGAUGGGGACGAGACUGUGCCCGCUUUAAGUGCCGGUUUCAUGUGUGCAAAAGGUUGGCGUGGGAAAACUAGAUUUAAUCCUUCUGGGAUAAAAACUUAUAUCAGGGAGUAUAAUCAUGCCCCGCCAGCCACUUUUCUUGAGGGUCGCGGGACUCAAAGUGGUGCCCAUGUGGAUAUCAUGGGAAACUUCGCCCUAAUAGAGGAUGUUUUAAGGGUUGCUGCUGGGGCUACAGGAGAAGAACUGGGGGGAGAUCACAUUUACUCAGACAUCUUAAAAUGGUCGGAAAAGAUAAAUUUAAGCCUAUGAAUUCUAUCUGUAUGUCUCCAGUGUCUGUCAGUUAAUUUAUCCAGGGUGGCUCGACUGUUAUGCACACAAGCUUGUCGGCAUGAAACUUCAGUCGCAUUGUGUACCGUAGUAGCUGUUGUUACAACUAUCAUGUUCUUCGUUUGUCGUAGAGCUUAGAACUUCAAUGUUAAUAUUGUUGUUGUUGUAUUAUUACAUAGACCCUGCUUAGAACAUUUUGAUAUUAGUUUCUUUGCAGAUUUGUCAAUUCAGUUGUUCUGUAUAAGCUUUUUUUCUCUUCA